AUGGAAGAUCAAUCGCCUGCAGCUGUGCAGCUGCAGGCCUCGCAGUGGGGCGCGGACGCGGCCUCUCCGUCCGCCACCUCCCUCGCGAGCGACACCCCUCGUCUUUUUCCUGCGUCUUUCUCUUCUUCUUCGCAAGCCUCCGCAUCCUCGUUGGGGUAUUCGCCCUUUUCUUCUUCUUCUUCCCUUGCGUCUCUCGCGUCGGCGCCUUUUUCGCAGCCCAGCCCCGGCGGGUCGGCGCUCGCGCUCCACGCAUCAGCCCCCCUUUCUUUCUCUGCACUUGCGGCUUCGUCCGCGACCUCGCCCUUCCCGUUCGCGGCCGCCUCGCGAGUCUCUCUCCCUGGCGCCGCUGCGCCGCCCGCUCCGAGCCGCUCCGCCCCGCUCGUCGAGACCCGUGUGCGGGUCGAAGCCCCGCCAAGCCCCCCGGGGCCUCGUGACUGGCUGGGUGCGGCGGCCCCCCGCGCCCGGCAGCCGCCCUUCUGGGUCCCUGCGGGAGAGGCGAGCCCCGCGGCGAGCCGCGACGGGGCCAGGCGGAGCCGCGACGAGGCCAGGCGGAGGCGCGAGCGGGACGGCGGCCGCGCCGAGCGGGCAGAGUCUCCGCCGCCGGUCGCCGCCGCGGAGCCCCGAGUUCCCGCUUCCCGCGGCGCCGCCGCGCUGCCGGAGGCUGACCGGCGGUUGGUGGUGCCGCUGCCCUCCUACGUCUUCGCGGCGGGCGGAGAAGCCGCGAAGACUGCGAAGGAGGAGCCCGAGCCGCGGUCGCGAGCCAGAGGCGCGAGGGCCUGCGGCGGAGACGAUUCGCUGAAUGCCCCCCACGAGUGCCCUAUCUGCACCGAGAGCUUCGGAUGCGAUGAGAUGCACAGACCGAAGGUGCUGACCUGCGGGCACACGAUGUGCUUCUCGUGCAUUCUGCGCAUUCUGCCCAAUAGCCGGGGCCUGUCCGUGAUGGAGCUCCACCAGCAAGUCGUCGCGCGCUCGUCUUCCACCUCCGCGCCCUUGCCCGCUCCGCCGUCGCCUGCGUCCCCGUUUUCUGCGCCGUCCGCCUCGCCGCUUGCGCCGGCGCUCGCUGCUUCGGUCGACCCGCCCGCGCCCUCGCAGUUCUUGGGCCUCUUCUCGGCGCCUCCGCCGGUGUCGCCUGCGCCGCGCGAGGCCGCCCCGCCGCAGGGCGCGCGCGGCGCUGCUUGGCACGCGUUGUCGCAGCCGCACUUCCAGUUUCCGUCCUUUGCGGCGCCUCUCGCGCCGUCGACUGCAGACGAGAGCGGCAGCCGCUGCCUGGACGCCGCGGCGGUGAUGGCAUCGCGCCUGCGCUCGGGCGGCCUCUUUGGCGCCGAGGCGCUCUACCUGCACAUGCGAAGUCUCGUGCAUCGCUGCUUCUUCCUCUGCCCGUGGUGCCGCAGACGCUCCCGUAUCGCCGCAGACAACCUCGCCCUGCUCCCUGCAGACAACGAGGUGGCUCACGGAGACGCAGGAGGAGAAGGAGACGCCGACGAGGCUGAGGCGCGACCUAACGGAGGUGCGGAGGACAAGCAGGGGAAGGACAUGGUGGCGGAGGACGCAAGCUCGAGCGGCAGACGCGGCGAGCGCGCGACAGCCCCGCGCAGGGUGAAGCGCCCGCUGUCGCCUGAAGCCGCGAGUAGAGAUGGGACGCGCGACAGCCUUAAGACGUUCUGCAGUGCGCAUCCGAGGCAAGAGGUCGUCGCGUACUGUCGCCCCUGCAUGAGCCUCGUGUGUGCGUUGUGCAUCGCGGGCGAAGACGCGCCGCACUACCGACACGCCCGGACGUCGCUUACGGGCGCCGUGGAGGCCGUCGCAAAAAACGCGCGAGCCACGCUGUGGCGGCUUCACCAGCUCGAAGAGGAGCUCCGCGCCGCCGCGCAGGCCCGCCCACGCGAAGAACAGAUGAUUGAGGAAGGUUUUCGCCGAGCCUUUCAGCGCGGCGUGCGGCGAGUGGAGGAGCUGCGAAGCCACCUGGAGCUUUACGUCACCUGCGCGGCGACGGGCUUGGCAGACGCCUUGAGCGCCGCGCGCGCAGAGAGACUGGAGCUUCAUCGCGAGCAGCGCAGUCAAGAAGAGAGACUGGCGCGCGCGGCAGGCGCGGCGGCGGCCGGUCUGAAGGCUCACCUGGACCGCCUCGCCUCCCCCGCGCCGCCUUCGUCUUCCGCUUCGGGGCGCGGCGAGGCACGGAGCGGCGACCACGAGACGACGUGCGGGGGCGACCCUGGAGGGUCAGACAAUGCGGGCUCGUCGCCUCCAGGCCCUGCGGCGAAGCGCCUGCACCAGGGUCGCGGAGAGGCCUCUGCGCCGUCGUGCGCCGUCUUGCUGCCAUCGGGCGCGUUAAGCGAGUCCGCCCGCGUCACCGUGAGCUCCCCGCUUCCAUCCGUCACAUGUCCUGCGCGUGCGUCGUCUCCGCCGCUGGCCUCCGCCGCCGCUCCCUCGCCCGCGCCCUCGCUCGCCGACGCGACCUCGGCUCCGCGGCCGAGUGCUGCGCGCGUCUCUUCGGCGUCUUCAUUGGCGUCUCCGCUGUCUCCGUUGUCCCUGCUAUCUCUGUCUUCCUCGCUGUCUCCGCCUGCGCCGCUGGCGGGUCGCGCGUCCGCGCACGUGGCGCUUCUAGCGGCGCUGCUGCCGGCGCUGCGCUACGCGGCCGCGACGCAGCAGUUCGUGGAGCGGCAGAGCGGCGAGGGCCGCGCCCGCGAGGAGGCGCGCGCGCGUCAAGUCGAGGCGCGCUGCGCCACAGCACUUCGAGGGAAGCUGGAUUCCCUCAGCCACGUCGGCGCCGGACUCGCGGUGCUGUGGCGGACUGCGCGCGGGCAAGGCUUCGCCCGCGACGGAGACACUGACCGCGGAGAAGGAGGCGGCCGCGAAUCAGGCGCCGGCGCAGCCUGCAGCCGCGGCGCCGGAAAGGCCGCGGCGGUGCAGACGACGGCGGAGGGGGCGGGCGACGCGGAGACUGUUGAGGGCGAGGCCGACGGAGAGAGCCGGGGGCAGAAGAGACGGGGCGGCCUCCAGGACCGCGAAGACCAGAGGGCAGGCGGCGCGGAGGAAGGCGAUGUGAGGCCUCCGGAAGUGCGCGGCGACGGCGGAAAGCGCGGGAGACGACGACGAGACGACGAGGCAGGGCUCGAGGAGGAGACGCCGCACGCGUGUGUCCGCCACGUGGUCGCGCGCGAGAGAGUGCGCACGGCUGAGCAAGGACGUCAAGGCGCGAGACGUGAUCACGCGAGAAAGGACCGGAUCAGGUGUCGAAUCCCUCACGAUAUCUGCCUCUCCGGCGACAUUUGCCUUCCUCUCGUCGAACUCGUCUACCGCGAGCUUCCCUGCGACCCCCUGGAGGCGCGCGCCUCUCGUGCGGCCUCAGCAGCCCCCCUGCCGCACCCCCCGAGUCCGCAUCCGCUGUCAUCGUCUCUUGCUUCUUCUCCCUCUCUGGCGGUCUGCUCCUCCGGCUCUCCUGUCUCCUCGGGGUCGCCGGCCUCGACCUUAUCCUCGCCGUUCACGUCGCCCGCUGGGUUCCUCGCGCGCGCUUCUUCUUCCGCUGUCGCGCCCUUCCCCUCCGCUGCUUCCUCGCCGCUUUCUUCGCUUCCGCACCUGCCGUCUCCUGGCGCGGCUCCGCUCUCUCGCCCGCUGCCGCUCGCGACUUCUCCGGCGUCGCCUUCCCUCGCGCGUCAGAGCGUGCCGGUCGCGACUGCGGCUCCUUUCUCCUCGGCAUCCCCUCCCUGUGCGUCUCUGCGUCCAGCGUCGUGUCCGCUUCCGUCAGUGUCUUCUUCUCUCCCUGGGUCGCCGCCGGCGCUUGCUUCUUCAUUUCCGUUUUCCUCUGUGUCUGCACUUCCGGCGUCGACGUCGCGUGCGGCCGCCUGGUCUUGCGCGCCGUCGUCUUCUGCCAUCCCCGGCAGCUCGUAUCGCCCUUUUUCUCCCUCGCUGCCUCCUUCGCUCUCUCAGCCUUUCUCUCUCGGGGCGGCGCCAUCGCACUGCCUUUCAGGGAGUCUCCACGCGGCGCCGAGAGCGCGCGAGGAAGAAGAAGGAAAACGCGAAGAAGAAGAGGAGCGGCGCGCCGCGAGAGAUGUCAGAGAGGCGGAGGCGGCUUCAGAGGCGCCGCGGCACGAAGUGGCGUUCCCCGCGUCGCAACCGCCAGAAUAG